AUGGGCAUCAUUGUUGGUGUGCUAGGAGGGAAUACCGAGGGAGCUGGGAUUGAUGCUGACAGACAAUUGAGCAAUUUUCAGAAGAACAACCCUCCGUUGUUCAAGGGCACUUAUGAUCCUAAAGGUGCUCAAAAGUGGCUGAAGGAAAUUGAAAGAAUAUUCCGGGUGAUUGUCUGUGCUGAAAAUCUGAACGUGAGGUAUAAUACCUACAUGUUGUCCGAAGAAGCUGAUGACUGGUGGGUUGCUAGUAGAGACGAGCUUGAGGCGGCUGGUGUAGCCAUUACUUGGGAAGUGUUCAGAAGAGAAUUUUCGAGAAGAAUUUAUGAGGAGGACAAUCUCAAGAUGAAGUCAUCUCACCCUCGCGAGUUAGUUUACAAGAAGGGAAAAAAGCCUAUGGAUAAGGGUAAACCAUAUGGUAAAGGUAAUCCAAGAGCUGGCGGUUGGAAGAAGCCUAGUGGGGGAGACUCUGGUGCUCUUGUUAGGUGCUAUAGGUGCGGUGAACCUGGACAUCGUGUCCAUGAAUGCAAGAGUAAAGAGAAGAGGUGCUUUAAGUGUGGUAAGGCAGGUCACCUUGUUGGUGAUUGCAAGGGGAAGGUUGUAACUUGA